AUGGAAGGAAUUUCAUCCGGCGUUGCGAUUACUUGGAGAAAUCAGAGUACUGGUGGUGAUAGUGAACAUCUAUUCCACAACACAACUGGCAACGGAAGUGAACCUCUAUACCAAUACUCAACUGGCAAUGAUAGUGAACAUCUAUACCAAUCGUCAGACCAGCCGUACAUUCCCAUGUACCUGAAUGUACUAGUGGCGGUGCUUAACGCUAUCAUAUUCAUCAUUGGCGUUACGGGAAAUAUUCUGGUCAUCACUGUGAUCUUAAAACUGCGGGAAAUGAGGACGCCGACAAAUGUGUUUCUGCUAAACUUGAGUGUAGCAGACGUCUUGUUUCUGGUCGUGUGCCAACCUGCCGCUCUGCUCGAGUUCUUUGGAAAGGACAGGUGGUUUCUAGGGGAGGCCAUGUGUAAACUCGUGCCGCUGCUGGAAAACGGUACACUGCACGUGUCCAUUCUGACGAUGCUCGCGGUGACAUUCGAACGCUACUUUGCCCUCUGCCAUCCCCUUAAGCAGCAUAUGGUUUGCACAAUCUCAAAGACAGUCAAGUGUCUUCUCCUCAUAUGGGCGGUUGCCGUGUUUUUGACAGUACCUUUUCCCGUAAUGACUGUCCUUGAAGAUGCUACUUUCUAUGACGGAACUCCUACUAAAGUGUGUAGAACCAAAAUAAACUCCUCGUGGAAAUAUGGUUAUACUAUUUUCGUUGUAGUCGCCUUUUUUGCCAUUCCAUUGAUUAUUCUAGUAAGUAUUUAUAUCAAAAUCAUUCAUCAGCUCAUGUCAGAUACAUUGAAUAAGCUGACACAAAAUAAAAGAUCAGCUUUACAGACAAUCGCGAGACGACAAGUUGUGUAUAUGCUUAUUCUAAUUAUGGUUCUCUUUUUUGUAACUUUAUUCCCAAUACGUGUUUUAACGCUGUGGUUAAUAUUCAGCCCGGCUGAAAAUGUCUACACAAUUGGAUUAGAGGCAUUUCUGAAUUUAAUUUCUUGGUCCAGAAUCCUUAUGUAUGUCAACAGUGCGGGAAACCCGAUCAUUUAUUGUCUGACAUCAACAAAAUUUAAAAUGGCAUUUAAGCGCUUACUAAAACGUAAUGAUGGUUAUCUUUAUGUUAGCUACAAUACAAUGACUGCAAGAUUCAAUGUUCAUCGGGCAUAUAAAGGUGAUCCAGAGAGGGCCCGAACGAUCACCAGAAAACCAAUAGAUAUAUCAUCAUCGAAAUCCACCACGUCAGGAUCUAAACCAGCUGGUGACGACCAACACCAAGAUGUUGACAAACUGAAUGGAAGUACCAGGCACAGUUUUGAUUGAUAUACUGUGUUUCUUAAUAACAAUUAAUUGAUAUCAUCUAUAGGCGCAAACAACUGGUUUUCUUUGGAAUAACCUUCUUUUUGGUUAAGUAGAUGCAACCAAUUUUCUUAAACGGGUUAAUCAUUUAACGGUAAAACAAUUUUGAUGAAGUUGUUGUUUGGUUGUUGUGUUUGUGUAUGUUGUAUAAGUUAGAUCUUGGUGUUUGUGUAUUGUUAGUUAAUAUGUUUGUGUCAAUAGUGCAUUGUCGUUUGAGCCAUUGCCUUGUGCCCUAAACAGGGUUAUUUUUUGAAUUUUCGACUACUGGGCUUGCCCCUGUAUUUUUCAUUGUAUUAUUUUAUCCUUUACCUUAUGAAGUGUUUAAAUAUAUAUAUUCAAUAUGGCGAGUAGCUUGAUUUGUUUUAAUGUAUUUAUAUGUCAAAAGACAGUGUAUAUUUUACGUGAAUAAAAUAAUAUUCAAUACUGUUUUGUUAUAUGAUAGUUGGUAAUUAGAAUUGUUUCGCAAAAGAUCAAGAUUCUAGAAAAUUGCCUUUUUAUAUAACAAUAAAAUGAAGUGAUAUAUUAAGGUGAUAUCAUCUGUUUUGUGGAGAAAUAAUUAAGUUGUAUAAAUAGUUGUUAAAGAAUCUCUUAAAAUAAGAUCAAGCUUACUAAAUAUCAAUCCUUAAUUACAUUUAUAAGCCAUGUUCACCUUCUCAUUUAUUAUUUAUUGAUUUUUUUGUCUUUUUUGUGUGUUUUUUUCUACAUAUUUGUAUGUUGUAAUU